AUACUACCUCAUGGACACAGGGGAAGUCUCCGAUUUGCUCGGCGCCUUGAAGCUAGUCUCAGAAACGUACGAUGCGUUCCACCACAGCCAAACCCUGGGGCCCCGUGCCUUCGCGACAGUGCGGCCUGAUCUUCAGCAGCAACAGGAGCAACAUCAGCAGCAGGGAGGCCACGACGAGGAAGAGGAACCCGUGCCGCCCCCACGCCACCGGCACAGCCAGCACCACCAGCUGGAGCAGCAGCAGCAGCAGCACUUGCUGCUGCAACAGCAUCAGUCUGCGGACAGUUUUGGUUCAAGUAUGGCCCAUCAUAGUCUGGCAACAGAAGGAGACAUUGAAGGAGAAUUUCCCCGGUCUCCUACUCCUUAA